GCAGGACGGCGUCAAUCACGUGAGGUGGGGCGCGACCAAUGAGGAGGUGGGAGAAGUUUGAAUUCUGAGGCGGCGGCGCCGCCGUUACGGCAUUAGCGUUGCUGCGGUGCUGUGUCGGUCCGGACGUACCGCGGUACUGGAGAGCUGUGUGCGGAUUAAAGGAGAAGCCUUCAGGAUUGGAGGAGAGGUGGUCAUGUCCCAGGAGGACAGCCACGAGUGGGAGCUGAGCAAGGAGAAUGUGCAGCCCCUCAGGCAGGGACGGGUGAUGUCCAGCUUGCAUGAGGCACUGUCUCAGCAGGACUCUUCCAGCCACACUGCUGUGCAGCUUAAAAAACAGGAGUUUGAAGCAGAAAUACGAUUUUACUCUGGAGAUGAUCCUCUGGAUGUCUGGGAGCGGUACAUCAGGUGGACUGAGCAGGCCUUCCCUGGGGGUGGCAAGGAUGGCAACCUGGCAGCAGUUCUGGAAAGGGCAGUGCAAGCCCUCCACGGGCACCAGCAAUACUACAAAGAUCCUCGCUAUCUUAAUCUCUGGCUCAAGUUUGGUGAUUGCUGCAACGAGCCCUUGGAUCUGUACAGUUACCUGCACAGCCAGGAGAUCGGCACCACGCUGGCCCUGCUCUACAUCACCUGGGCGGAGGCACUCGAGGCCAGGGGCAGCUUCAGGAAAGCAGAUGUGAUAUUCCAGGAAGGACUCCAGCGCAAGGCUGAGCCUUUGGACAAACUCCAGGCUCACCACAAGCAGUUUCAGGCCCGUGUUUCUCGUCAGACACUACUGGCACUUGAGGAAAGUCCUGAUGGAGACAAUAUAGGAUUGUUGGAAAUUGCAGAGCCUCAGAGAAGUUCACUGGCAGAUCUCAAAGGCAGAGGGAAGAAGAAAGUGAAAGCCCCCAUUAGUCGUGUGGGAGAUGCAGUUAAAGUCAUGAACCCGAACAGAAGCUGCCAGCCUCAAGCUUCUCUACAGCUUCCAAAUGCUCCAAGUUUUGCUGUAUUUGAUGAAAAUUCUGUGUCUGGACCUGAGAUUCCCACACUUACAGCACAGUCAUGGCCAGCACCUCCAGUUCCCAGGGCCAAGGAGAAUGAACUCAGUGCAGGACCAUGGAACUCUGGAAGGCGUCGUCCUCGAAGCACUGUGAGCUCUGGCUUGGAAGUGCCCCACCCAGUGCCCAGCUUCACCCCCUAUGUGGACGAGUCAGCUCAGCCACAAAUGAUGACUCCCUGCAAAAUUGAGCCCAGCAUAAACCGUGUUUUAAGUACUCGCAAACCUGAGGAGCGGGAGGACCCACUGCAGCGAGUGCAGCAUCAGCAGCAGGAUGCUGAGGCAAAGAAAGAGAUGGUGAUGUACUGCAAAGAGAAAGUUUAUGCUGGAGUGGAUGAAUUCUCUUUUGAAGAGAUCCGAGCUGAAAUCUACAGGAAGAAAGCGAGAAAGAAAGAUGAAGAUGAAAUACAAGCCAUAGAACAAAAGAAAGAAGAAAUACAAAGGAAAAUUGAGGAGCUGGAAAAGAAAUUAAAGAAGAAAGAAGAUAACAAGCAGCAACAACCACAUGAACAGGCAGCAGAGGUAAUGGCAGCUUCCACACCUUUGGGAAUGCAAGGAUUUACUUUUUCCAAUGCCAAAGAAUAUGGGGAGAAACAGCCUCAGUCACAAAGUGAAUUCCAGGUCUAUGAAGAUACUCAGCUACAUAAACCGUCUUGUUCUGAGGAUGUAGGUCUGCUUCCCCCACCAGCUGCUGAUCCAUUUUUCUCUAUAUUUGAUGAAUCCUCUACUUUGACAAAUCAGAAUACAAGUUGUUCAGCAGAUCGUGCCCAUCAGAAAAGUGCCUGUCAGCCUCUUGCUGUUCGUAAUCCUGUGGAUUGUCUGAGUGCCAAGGAAAGCGCAGCAGCAGCAGGAGCCUGUGAUGAGCUGAAUGGAAUUGAGCGUUUGAGUGAGGAUGCAAUUGUGACAGGCUCCUACAAGAACAAGACCCUUUGUGCCAACCCAGAGGACACGUGUGACUUUAACAGGGCUGCCCACCUGGCCUCAACGCCCUUUCACGGUGUGGUAGCUCAGAGAGUCCCAGCUCCUGCUUUCUCUCAGAGUGAACUGAAGGAAGACAGUCCAGAAUCCAAGAGUGCAGCUCUGAAUCAGGAGACACCAGUGGGUGAAGAGGCAUACACUGAAGCUCUCAGUGUAAAGAAACUGAGCCCGAUCAUGGAAGCAAGCCUGGAAGACACUCACUCGUCAGGUGCUUCGGUCUCAGGAGGUUCUCUGUCCUCUGUUACACAAACAUCUGCUAUUAAAUACCUGCAGAUCAGUGAGAAAUUGGAGCUGGCUCAGAGCUUGCCUGCUGAAGGGGUUACUGAUGAUGAUGUGGCUCAGUUCCUGUGGAGCCCUGAAAAGCGUAAAAAGCUUUUAGAUUCUUUGAUGUCAUCACUGGCUGCUUCUCCAGAUUUUCAUUUGGAGGCUGGAGCUCUGCCUCACAUGGAGGUUGAGAAAGACAUUGAGCUGGGAAAUGAGACUUACUGCAUCAAAAUGGAAUAUUGGAACGAUGAAGAAUACAAGGUGUUUUUUGCCGUUCCAACUGGAUGCAUUUUCCAGUGGGAUGCAAAGGGAUUUGCAAUAAAGGUGUAUUCUCAGCCUGUGCCUUGGGAUUUUUAUAUCACCCUUGAGUUACAGAAGCGUUUGAAUUCUGACUUUGACCAGAGCUUCAGUGAGAAUUGCAGCUGUUACCUGUACCAGGAUGGCUGUGCCAUUGUGCACAAGAAUACAAAUUGCUUCACACUAAGGGAUAUUCUCCGUGACCGUAAGUUCAUCACAAAGGAAAUCAUCUUCUUGGUUGUUCAUGAUCUUCUGCACGUGGUAGAGAAGCUGCACAAAGCUGAGAUUGUCCAUGGAGAUCUGAGGCCAGAGGUGUUGUUUCUGGGAGACAGGAUCUGCGAUGCGUUUUCUAAUGAGGAGGUGCCAAAUGCUCUGAAGGUGGUGGAUUUCUCUCACAGUAUGGAUUUAAGGGUACUGCCUCGAGUCAGCUUGCCCUAUAACUUUCCCACAGCUCAGACCCCUCAUGGACAACAGCUUCUGGCAGAAAGUUCUCUUCCUUAUCAGGUAGACUUGGUUGGCAUUGCAGAUAUAGUCCAUUUGCUGUUGUUUGGGGAUCAUAUCCAGGUCUAUCAGGAGAAUUCCAUCUGGAAAACCAGCCAAAACUUAUCAAAGACUUCAUUAUUUUUAUUAAACAAAUGUAGAUAUAGCAGAAUGGCUGCAAGAGCUACUGAUUUUACUACCAGUUCAGCAAAAUACCAAAGCAGUGGGGAAUUGCAUGAUGGAACACAGCAUUUUUCUUCCAAGGUCAAUGGCUUUCAAUAAAAGAGAACCCACUUAACAGGUGACAGAACAAAUGGAAACCACUGAAACAUUGUGGUAGAGAUUUAGGAGAAGGUAGAAUGUAAAUUGUGAUCAAGUUGUCUUUUUCAUUUCCAAGUAUAAUGCUGACAGCCUGUUUUUCAGGGAAGGGUUUUUACCAUUAUUAAAGAAUGGAUAUGGUGAUUUUUUUCUGUUUUCACUACUAUUUUAGGAAACUUCCUCUGUGCAGGUUUAUGUGAGGCAGAAUAUAGAAGCUGCAUUUGAAUUUUUAGGACUAUUUUUGUCACUCAGAACUCCUGACACCUCCUUAGCAACACUUUAUCUCCUCUGCUACACCUCUUGCUCAUCUAAUCCCACUAAGAAAAUGGACUCAAGUCUUGCAUUUUUUUUUCUUGGUUAGGUUCUGCAUUGACUUAAUUAUUUUAGCAAAUAUAAGAGUUACCAGUGAAAUAGUACAAAUGGUACAGACUGGAUUCAUUUUGAGACUGGAUGCUGCUGUUUUGUGAGUCACUUAGAUACAGCAGAGGCAGAUAAUUUGUUUCAAAGUCCCUGUAACUCCUAGCUCGAGGGAGAAAAGUGCUUCAGUAGUCAGGAGCAGUGCAAGACUGAAGAACAAAGAGUUUGCUCUAAUAUCGGUUUUCUGAGACUUAAAUGAGUCACUUAACCUUUUUAUUCGUUUUGUGUGGGUACAUCUGGGAGAGAGGGGAUUUAUUACUAUUAAUUGUCUCCAAAGUAUUAUCUGUACAGAACUCUGGCAGAUGGAAGGCAGGGUAAAAAGGAAGCAAAACUGGCUCUAAACCCCCUUUUUCUUAUUUUUUUUUUCUUGCAGCUUUCCUUUAGUAUUGCCCUGUUAACUUAGCUUGCGAGUGGGUAAAUAAGAUUUACCUCUGCCCUUUAUUCAUGAAAAGAGUGUUUUCCAAGUUGUUUGGUUCAAAAAUGUUCUUGAUAAUUCCCGUAAACUAAAACUGCCUUGGCUUAGUGUGAAUGAUGGUAGUUGUCAGGUAUGCUAGUAGAGGUGUAUAAAUAGUUGGUUUACACUGUGAAGUUAUUAUCCAGAAACCUAUUGGAGAAAGAGAAUGUGGUCCAUACAUAUAAAAUGAGCAACACAUUCCUAGUUUUCCUUUAUAUUUUCUCAGGUGAGUGAAAUUAUUUUUUCAGGCGUGGUUCUCCCAGAAUGUUUGGUGCUGAAUAUAAAUGGAGACUUUGAUAGACACACUGUAUAUGUGUGUGUGUGUGUAUUGUUCACUGAACGCUGCUCUGUUUGUUUUAGGACCCCUGACAGUGAUUUCUGGAGUAAACUUUUUGAGAGAAUUCUGAAUGCAGAUGGUAAGUCCACAGUACCUCUGCUGAGGGAGUUGAGAGAGGAAAUCAGUGAAAUGUUUGACAGCUCUUUCAAAGAACGAC